CCCACGGAGGAAAAAAACUCCCAGCUUUUGGCCUUUUGCGGGGGUGGCAAUCCCGAUUCUGCACCUGGGUUCCCGAAGUAAUUCCGGAAUCUUUUGGUGGGUCGCGCGAGCGAGCGUGCGUGCGUGCGUGGGCUGCCGCCCCAUGCCCGCGCGGCGAGAAGGCCGAGGAAGUAUGGGUUGCUUGCCGUCGUCGCGUACUGUCGUCGCUUUCUUCUUCUGAACAGAGCAGAGAGGAGGAGGAGGAGGAGGAGGAGGAUUAGCGAAAUUCAUGGCGAUUGGUUGAACUCCCCCACAAAAGUUGCGCCAUACCCAUCUCUCUUUCUGCUGACCCUCUUUUCCCGUGCUUCGUUUGCUGCGCCCCAUCUGGAACCCGCUGGCUCCGUCUAUAAGAAUGGCCGCGGCCCCUUUCGUGCACGCGCGGUGCGGUUGCUCGCCGAGGCUCGCGGGCGGUUUCAGGAACGGCUCGCCCGGCUCGUACCCUUCUUCAUCUACCACGCCGUGCUCUUCCUCUUCUGCUUCUUCUCCGUCGUCGUCGUCGUCGUCGUCUUCCUCUUCUUCUUCUCCUUCUUCUUCGAUUGGAAGAAGUAACAACAGAAACUGCCAUGGUUUGAGGGCUCAAGCUAUGAGCACUACUACUCAAGGAAAAUCACCCUGGGGAACUACAACUCUAAAAAAUAAACCAGAUCAUCUGCUUGUUCUGGUACAUGGCAUCCUAGCAAGCCCAAGUGACUGGAUAUAUGUAGAAGCAGAACUUAAAAGGCGCUUGGGAAGAAACUUCCUCAUAUAUGCGAGUUCAACUAACACUUACACUAAAACAUUUGAUGGUAUUGAUGGAGCUGGAAGACGACUAGCUGAUGAAGUCAUGCAAGUAGUUCAAAAGACAGACGGUCUGAAGAAGAUAUCCUUUUUAGCUCAUUCCCUUGGUGGAUUGUUUGCAAGAUAUGCUGUAGCCGUGUUGUUCUCUGCAAGUGCUGCGCUUACAGACCAAUCAGGGGAUUAUAGUUGUACAUCUUCAAAUUUGGAUAAAUCCUCAUCCAAGCAAGGUUUAAUUGCUGGAUUGGAACCAAUGAAUUUCAUUACUUUGGCGACUCCUCAUCUGGGGGUGAGAGGGAGGAGACAGCUUCCAUUCCUCCUAGGAGUCCCAUUCUUGGAAAAACUUGCUGUACCAAUGGCUCCAUUUGUAGCUGGCCGAACUGGAGCCCAGUUAUUCCUAACAGAUGGAAAACCUAACAAACCUCCUCUUCUAUUGAGAAUGGCGUCUGAUUGUGAAGAUGGAAAAUUUCUAUCUGCUCUUGGUGCAUUUAGAUGUCGAACUCUUUACGCUAAUGUCUCGUACGACCACAUGGUAGGCUGGCGCACAUCCUCUAUAAGGAGGGAAAGAGAACUUGUAAAGCCUCCUCGCCGUUCUUUGGAUGGGUACAAACACAUAGUAGAUGUUGAGUAUUGUCCACCCAUAUCCUCCUCAGAUGGCCCACAUUUUCCACCAGAAGCUGCAAAAGCCAAAGAGGCAGCACAGAAUGAACCUAGCAUAAAAAACACGGUCGAGUAUCAUGAAAUCAUGGAAGAGGAAAUGAUACGUGGCUUACAACAGUUGGGAUGGAAAAAAGUUGAUGUCAGUUUUCACUCGGCAUUCUGGCCCUUCCUGGCCCAUAAUAACAUCCAUGUGAAAAAUGAAUGGGUUCAUAAUGCUGGUGCCGGGGUGGUUGCUCACGUUGCUGACAGCCUGAAACAGCAAGAGUCCUCCGCAAUAAUUGCUGCAAGCUUAUAGCAGUUGUAAUGUACAAGUGUACAUUAAUAUCGCGAAUUAAUGGUAAAUACGUUUGGUCUACUGUCCUGAGGCUCUAGUUUGCCAUUCCUAGAGUUCCCUUUUCCUUUCUGUGACUGCACUUGUGACUGCAAUCCUUGCCGCAUACAGCACUCUUUAGAUGUACUUUCAGGCGUUUGUUGUCAAAAGAAAAUGUAGCAAAUCUCUUUCGUUCGUAGAUCCGAGCCUUAAAUGAAAUUCGCGUGAUGUUGUUUCUCGUUCA